AUGUGGAGGCCAUCAGGAUUGGCAUUGGCCUCUCUGGCUCUCCUUCCAUCUGUGCUGGGAACAGAUAUCUUGAAAACAAAUGGAUUCUCCAAUUGUAACAACGGCACAUCAACCAUCAAGGUCAACAAUGUCGACAUCUCCUUUGACCGAUCAACGAACACAAUCGACUUCGACGUUUCGGGCUCGAGUACAAAAGAACAGUUCGUCACGGCCGAACUGAUUGUGACUGCAUAUGGCGUCAAAGUGUAUAAUAAUUCUUUCGACCCCUGUGACAACUCCACCAGAGUUGAUCAGUUGUGUCCUGUGCCGGCAACAUCAUUUGCGGCCAACGGGUCACAAGUCAUUCCGUCAGAGUACACCUCGCUCAUCCCUUCCAUCGCCUACUCCCUACCCGAUCUCGAUGGAACUGCUCAGAUGGUCCUCAAGGCCAAAGACGGACAAGAGCUGGCUUGCAUUCAAUCUGGGGUCUCUAACGGCAAGACCACAGAUGUGCCGGCGGUAUCGUACGUCGCAGCCGCCAUCGCCGCUGGCGCAUUGGCUGUGUCACUAGUCGGCGCGGCUGCCACUGGAGCACACCCUGGCUCGUCCUCUUCCAGCCCUGGCUUCUCCGAGGUCAUGUGGUGGUUUCAAGGAAUGGCCAUGAACGGGAUGCACUCGGUCGACUAUCCAGGAGUGUAUCGCAGCUUCGCGAAGAACUUCGCCUUCAGCACUGGUCUCGUCUCGUGGGGUGGGCUCCAGAGGUCCAUUGACUCUUUUCGAGCACAUACGGGAGGCAAUUUGACCAACGAAAGCUACGAUUUCCUCAGAAACGCCACUCUCGUGUUCCCCGAUGGUAGCACCACCUCGACCACGAGCGGUAUCGCAAAGCGAUCUGUCGCAUUGAUGGUCCGUCAGAUCACGACUUCUCUCGGCAAUAGCACCAGCGAAGAUUCGGACGACAGUAAUUCCAAGGAAUCGCACCUGGUCCAAGGUAUUCAGGGCUACGUCGAGCAGCUCACAAUCCCCCAGGCCAAUACGUUCAUGACCGUCCUCCUGAUCUUCGCAAUCGUAGUUGCGGCCAUUGUGGUUGGUAUUCUACUUUUCAAGGUUAUUCUCGAGGCGUGGUCUCUUUUCGGCAGAUUCCCCAAAUCUCUGAGCACUUUCCGCAAAGAAUAUUGGCGCAUCCUGGCUCAAACCAUCACCAACUUGAUUUUCCUGCUGUACGGCGUCUGGACCCUGUAUUGCAUCUACCAAUUCACUCACGGAGACUCGUGGGCGGCCAAGGUUCUCGCGGGCGUCACUCUGGGCACCUUCACGGCCAUCUUGGGGUUCUACACCUUCAAGAUCUGGAGUGUUGUCCGCAAACUGAAGAAAAUCGAGGGCGAUGCCAGCGCACUGUUCGAAAACAAGGAGACCUGGAAGAAGUACAAGCUCUUCUACGAAAACUAUAAGAAAGGAUACUGGUGGCUCUUCAUCCCUUCCAUUGUCUACAUGUUUGCCAAAGGGUGUGUCCUGGCUGCGGGCGAUGGCCAUGGUUUGGUCCAAACCGUCGGGCAAUUGAUCAUUGAAUCCCUGAUGCUCAUUCUGCUUUUGUGGAGUCGGCCGUACCAGCGCAAGUCGGGCAAUUGGAUCAACAUUAUCAUUCAGAUUGUCCGUGUGGCGUCGGUCGUCUGUAUCUUGAUCUUUGUUCAAGAGCUGGGAAUUGCGCAAACUACAAAGACCAUCACGGGCGUUGUCUUGAUUGUGGUGCAAUCCGCUUUGACUGCCAUCCUUGCAUUUCUCAUCAUCAUCAACAGCAUUAUCACCUGCUGCAAAGAAAACCCCCACCGAAAGCGCCGCAAGGCAGCCCAGAAAAACCUCUCUCAAGAUCUCGAGGGUGAUGCCUUUCUUCUCCAGCCAAAGCCUUACUCAGGGUCGCCUCCGCCCCACGCUCGCAACAUGUCCGAGUUUGGGCAAAGCUACGAACCGAUGCGCGCCCAGGCUUACUCACGGUUUGGACCUCGAGAGGACGAGAGUGAGGAGACGUUGGUCAAGGGCGCUGCCGGCAUGGGGGCGACCAGCUACCGCAGCUUGAGUCAAGGGAGAAGUGAACACGGUGGAAGUCCUCCUCCUUUCUCGAGAGAACCGAGGCUGCCUGAUCUGGCCUUUGAGCAAUAUCGUCACAAAUAA